AUGUUCGCCAAAGCCUCCAUCUUCCUCUACGGCAUCGUCUGUGCCUUCCUCGCCGUAGCCUAUGCCAACCCUGUAGAGGAGAAGCGCCAAAUCAACAGCAUCAUCAGUGCUCUCACGUCAGAGGCGGAAUCUGUCGCUACGGACGCAACAUCUUUAGCUGGCUCCGUCUUCACCGAUGCUACGUCCCUUGGCGGGAGUAUCGCAAGUGAUGUCACUUCCGCGGGCAGAAGCAUUGAGACUCUUGUAACUUCUGCUGCUGGCCAUGCGUUUACAGUGGUUACGUCCGUUGGUGGCGAAGCCAUCACAUUGGCAACAAGCGGUGCUGGAAUACCCAUUACCUUUGCCGGUUCAGUUUAUACCGAAGCCACCAGCGCGGUGGGCUCCGUCGUGACUGGCGGAGGUACCACUUCCACUUCCACUUCCACAAGUACUACUAACACCUCAAACGCCGCCACAAGCAUGCGCCUCGUUGCACCUUCUGCUUCGCUUUUCGCUACUAUCGCUACUUGCCUUGGUGGAGUCGUUGCUGGGGCAUGGCUUACCCUUUAA